AUGGGGAUUUUAACGUCCAAGUUUAGUAUUUCUGGUUGGGUAGAGGUUUGCGAUCAUUUUGUCAUUGGGUUUCCAUAUUACUGGGAAGAAUUCGCUGGCCUGUCAUUUGAUGAAGAAUCAACCAGCUCUUAUUUCUCAAAAGAGAUUUCUGGCUCUGAUGGAAAUAAAACUUCCUUGCAUGAUAGCUCGAAGAGCUUCCUACCGGUCGCCGUAAAUGAUCUUCCAGUUACAGUAAUGCGUGAUCUUUUCACGAUCUCCCCAGGAGAUUGUUCUCUCCUGAAACAAAAUAUUUUGGACGAUAUACUGCAAACAUAUGGUGGUAACGCCACUGACAAAUCUCCAUUGAAUUUUAAGAACAUGGAGGCCAAGCAGAAAAGGAGAGGCGACAUUGAUGUGAUAGAUGCAGAACCGAGAACCAAGAAAAAUAAGAGAAAUACUGUUGAUUGUGCUAUGCUUGGCAUAGGUCCUUUGACACGAAGUAGGACUCGUUUGAAACAGAUAGAUAGAGAACAGACUGCAACAAUAGGAAGAAGAGCUGAGAAGAAGCAGAAGAAGAGGAGCAGAAGAGGAAGACACCGGAGGAGAAAGAGGGAAGAGGGGAGGUAG